UUAGAAGGAAUGUGAGUGGUGGACGCUUUGAGCAAUACCCCGGCUACGAUUUUUAGUAUAAAAGGGUGCGUGGACAUAAAAUAGCAUCAGUCCAUUUCAGAGUGACAGUGAAUCAGGAUCCACAUAACGGGAGCUCCAAAAUGUUCGGAAUUCCACAGACGCUCUGUGUAGCAACACUCUUAGCUGUUGCCCAAGCAGGCUACUUGGGCGGUGGAUAUGCAGGAUAUUCAGCCCCCGUCGCUUAUGCAACCCCUGCCUAUCACGCAGCCCCCACAUACGCUGCACCAGGUAUUAUUAAGGCCCCCGUCGCAUACAAGGCAGCUCCUGCAGUCGACUAUUACGCUUACCCCAAGUACAGUUUCAACUACGGCGUGAAUGACCCUCACACCGGAGACAUAAAGAACCAAUGGGAAGAACGCGAUGGUGACGUAGUGAAGGGCGAGUACAGCCUGGUGGAGCCUGAUGGAACUGUCCGGACUGUGUCUUACACCGCUGAUGCACACAACGGGUUUAAUGCAGUCGUACACCGCAGUGGGCCCGCAGUGCAUCCUGGAGCUGUUGUCAAGGCCGUUGCAGCCCCUGCCCCCGUGUACGGAGGUUACUACCACUAACGACUCCUGUCUGAUUCGCAACUCAUCGUGUCAAGACAAUCUAUUCUGGUUGUGUGAAAAUCGUAUUCAUAAUAAUGGCGGUGUCUCACAUUUCAUUUAGGGUGUAGUAAUAAAGGUGUUUCGUAAACUGAAAGACAUGCAGUACGUUGUGAUAGCCAUCCGAACGAUGUUUAAAAAUUGUGGCUUAUUUCUUUCUUAUCAGUGGAUUAUUCUAUCGCACUUUUUAUUUCUUUUUAUUCAACUUCUAUUAAUUCUUGUAACAACAGAGUCGCCAUCUAUGAAGAAAUGUGGUAAAUGAAACUCCAUUGUCUUUCGAUGACAAGUUACGUAAUCUGUUGAUGAGGACGUGAACUAAAUCCACUUUCGCUUAGACCGUAGGCAGAGCUUUAUCGUAGCAAAACGCGUAUUUCCAAUAUGAAGUGAUUCUUAAAAUAUGCAAAAGAGUUUUUCUUCUGCUCUGUUUCAUUUCGCGACUCGAGUUAUGUUAGUAUGUUUCCAGUAUUCUUACGCGAAAUCCUAUACUAAUUUAAAAAAAAAAUUACGAAAUUUUUCUUCGAUUGCAAUUUAAUGUUCCAUUCCUGAAAACCUUUACUAUAAGUCAACCCAACUUGGCCACUGAUUACGUUUUCAUGACGGAAAAACCAGGUAAAUAGAACUUCGAUUAGAUAUAUUGUCUGAAAAUCAUAUGUACAUAUAUGGAAUGUCUGGAAAUGGAAAAUAACUUUAUACUUUAAUCUUUCAAUGCAUGUCCUCCAUUUACAAACAAUAGACAAAGAAGUGUUAUUAAAUAUCACACAUGAGUGGGUUUAUGAGGAAAAGUCUAUUAAAAGUGAAGUUCGUGUAACACGAAGAUUACAAAUCCUUCUUCGUGCAUUAUGUCAAAGGUAUAAUAAUCAGCUGUGUGCUUCAUAAUUCCACAUAAAUAUUAUUAUGUUCAUUUUUUAACAUUUCUUAUGGAGAUUCGUUGGAGAUAUUAUUAGAAAGAUUUUAGAAGCCAAAGUGUGAUGUAAUUCAAACAUUUAUGUACUGUGAAAUACAUUUUUGUACGUUCCCUUA